AGGAGAAGAAUUAGAGGGCUUGGAGUCCGAGAGAGAGAGAGAGAGAGAGACGGCGGACGAGCGAAGAAUGCAUUGCAGGGCAGCCUAUGGAAAGCAACGGGGACGAAGAAUGGAGCAGCAAGAGGAGAGAUCAGACAGGACGAGCGAGAGGAGAGGGCAGACGGGACGAGCGAGCGAGAGCGAGAGCUCGUGGGGGAUGGGGGAGUGCGGACCCCGUAUCUACAGCUGCAGCAACUGCCGCUGCCAUGUAGCGCAGCACGACGACAUCAUCUCCAAGUCCUUCACGGGAAGAAAUGGCCGGGCCUAUCUCUUUCAAAAUGUCGUCAAUGUUCUUGUCGGCCCGAAGGAAGAUCGGCAGCUAAUUACGGGACUACAUACAGUAGCAGAUAUCCAGUGUACAGAGUGCCAAGAAGUUCUUGGUUGGAAGUAUGAGAGGGCUUAUGAUGAAGCCCAAAAGUACAAAGAAGGAAAAUAUAUACUUGAAAAAGCUAAAGUCAUGAAAGAAGACUGGUGACAUAACCAGUUAUAUGAGAAGAAGAUUACAGCAAAACCACAGACAUGCUUUUCGAGAAGGUCUCCGAACAGGAGGUCCGACCAUCUGAACAAGAGUGGAGCUGCAGACUGCUACGUCAGACAUUCAAAUGUUCAAUCCUUCUUCUCCAUCUGUACAUAUAUUCAUGACAGAUUCUUUUGGAAAAAAAAUAUGCUUUUCAGUUUGUGUACAGUACAUCCUCUAUUUCAUUGUAGAUAUCCUCCGACUGGCUACCCAUUUGUGGCCUUUGACUUCUUCUCGUUCGUUUUCUUUCAUCACAUAGAGUAAAUAUGUAUAGGCUAUAGGCCGAACGGGUAAUGUUUGAGAUGCAGUUUCUGAGAUGUGGAGCUGCAGAUCUCUCAGAGCGGAGAUUGAGGGAGUAGCCGUUUCUGCAUCGAGGCAAGUCCAAAGUUGUAGUAUUGUAGUAUCUUGUGAAAAUCCUAGAACUCAAUGUUUUGAAGAGUUCUUCUCUCAAUAAACAGAUUCGGACUGCUUCUAUGG